AUGAAAGAUUUUUCGACCCUUUUUCAUAAAUUAUGGGACGAUUGUUUUGCAGAUACAGCCAUCACUAACAUAACGCCAAUUGUCGGUUCUAAAAGACUGCAUAAUCUACAUGAUUACUUAGUUAAAAAGAAACCAGAUCGUCUUAUGUUGACAAUGCAAAAACAGUGCCCUACAACAACACCAACAACCACGGACAUCUCCAACGGAAACGACCACAAAAUUCUCAAUAAUCCUUCUGGUAAAUUGUACCUGUGGGGACAACAAGUUGGCACCAUUGACAUAACAUGA